AUGGACGUCGGCGUCUCCUCGUGGCCGACGUGGCUCACCGAGAAGGUUCGCCCUGACGUCGGGGGGACCACCCACGCGCUCGGGGGAAACCCCAGCCUCCCCGUCGCCGCCGCCGCUGGUUAUUUGGACGGGUGUCACACACGUCCUGCUCGUACAGCCUCGGCUGCAAGGAGGGACCAGCCGGCGGGACCAUCCAGGAUGUCGUGGCAGCUGAUCCUCGUCCUGGUGCUGCGCGCGGUUUCAAUCAGAAAGUGGGGUCAGCAUUUCUGCGGCGGGACCAUUAUCAACGAAGAGUGGAUACUGACAGCCGCCCACUGCGUCCACAACGAAUGUUGGAACGGACGCUCGGAAGGCCACGACGGAAAGAACACUUGCAGGAACGCCUCGGAGCUGAGCGUCGUGGCGGGGUCGACGAGGCUGUCGGAAGGCGGCGUGCAGAGACAUGUGUCCCUCUGCGUGGAGCACCCCAGGUACAACCAGAGCGACGCUUACAAGAACGACGUGGCUGUCGUCAAGAUGACUUCCCCGCUGAACUUUACCUCCAGCAUACAGCCUGUCACCUUGCCAGCCAACCCGAGAUCGGCCACCCCUAGUGGCCUGUGCGGUACUGCUGUCGGCUGGGGGUUGCUCAGUACGGACGGGAAAGUAUCGGACGAGCUCCAGGAGGUUGAUCUAUUGACUUACGACGCUACGUCUUGUCGUAAGGCCCACCUUGGGUACACCCACCACAACAACUUCUGUGCUGGGGCCCCCGAAGGUGGAAAAGCCCAAUGCACGGGCGACUCCGGAGGGCCGUUCCUGACGGACGGUGUCCAGACGGGGGUCGUGUCCUGGUCCGUGAAGCCCUGCGGCAGCCGAGGAUUCCCGGGUGUCCUCACCGAGGUGUCCUUCUUCCUCGCGUGGAUCAGGAGGCGGACGAGGCCGGCGCCCUAA